AUGUCCCACGAAGGCGAAGAAGAACUCCUCGACUACUCCGAUAGCGAAGAAAUCGCUCUCCCCUCCACCACCGUGGAGUCUGGCUCCAACGGCGAUGCCAAGGCCGAGACCACCACCGUCAAGGAGGAGAACACCGAGCAGAAGGGCUCCUACGUCGGAAUCCACUCCACCGGUUUCCGAGACUUCUUGCUCAAGCCCGAGCUCCUGCGAGCCAUUGUCGACUGUGGUUUCGAGCAUCCCUCUGAGGUCCAGCAAGUGUGUAUCCCCCAGUCCAUUCUUGGAACUGACGUUCUCUGUCAGGCCAAGGCCGGUGUGGGUAAGACCGCCGUUUUCGUUCUCUCCACCCUGCAGCAGCUGGAGCCCGUGCCCGGCGAGUGCUCCGUUGUCGUUCUGUGUCACACCCGAGAGCUGGCCUACCAGAUCAUGAACGAGUACGCCCGAUUCUCCAAGUACCUGCCCGACGUCAAGACCGCCGUCUUCUAUGGAGGUUCCCCCAUCCAGAAGGACAUUGAGCUGAUCCAGAACAAGGAGACCUCCCCCCACGUCAUUGUCGCUACCCCCGGCCGACUGCACGCCCUGGUCCGAGACAAGCACCUGCGACUCGGCAACGUCAAGACCUUUGUCAUCGAUGAGUGUGACAAGGUCCUCGACCAGAUUGAUAUGCGACGAGAUGUCCAGGAGAUUUUCCGAGUGACCCCCCGACAGAAGCAGGUGAUGAUGUUUUCCGCCACCCUGUCCCAGGAGAUCCGACCCAUCUGCAAGAAGUUCAUGUCUUCUCCUCUGGAGAUUCUUGUGGACGACGAAGGAAAGCUGACCCUGCACGGUCUCCAGCAGUACUAUGUCGACGUUGAGGAGAAGUCCAAGAACCGAAAGCUCGGCGACCUGCUCGACAACCUCGAGUUCAACCAGGUUAUCAUCUUCGUCAAGUCUACCUCUCGAGCUAACGGCCUGUCUCAGGUCCUCAAUGCUAACGGAUUCCCCUGUACCGCGGUGCACUCUGGUAUUCCCCAGGAGGAGCGAAUUGCCCGAUACAAGGAGUUCAAGGAGUUCAAGAAGCGAAUCUGUGUCUCCACCGAUGUCUUUGGUCGAGGUAUUGAUAUCGAGCGAAUCAACCUGGCUAUCAACUACGAUCUCCCCGCUGAGGCUGACCAGUACCUCCAUCGAGUCGGUCGAGCUGGUCGAUUCGGAACCAAGGGUCUGGCCAUCUCUUUUGUCUCCACCCCUGAGGACAAGGAGGUUCUUGCUAAGAUCCAGGAGCGAUUCGAGGUUAACAUCGCUCCCUACCCUGCUGAGGGUGUUGAUCCCUCCACCUACAUGAACUCUUAA